AUGGGGCUGAGCACUAAACCAACAGAGUCCUUGAAGUGUCCAAGGUGUGAAUCAACAAAUACAAAAUUUUGUUACUACAACAAUUACAAAAAGUCACAGCCUCGCCAUUUUUGUAAAGCCUGUAAAAGGCAUUGGACUCAAGGUGGCCUUCUUCGUAACGUCCCUGUCGGCGGCAGCCGGAAAAAUAAGUGGCCGCUUAAGAUCACAUCAAUAAGCCACAAAAUUUUCAAACCGCCGCGCCCUGCCCCAAAAACAAGUGACAUCACAAGGGAAAAGAGUGAUUCUCAAAUGGUUGUUGUUCAAAGUAAGGAAAAUUAUGAUCAAAAUAUUCCCUUGGUCACUAGUAAAAUUGAUGAAGAGAAAAAUAUAUUUGAAAAUUUCCCUUCAUCUUCACUACCAUAUGAUACAAUUGACACCUCUAUAGGGUCGAUUGGUACAAUUCCAUGUUCAAAUAUUUAUAAUUACAUGGGAAAUCUUGAUCAUAGUACCAUGGACGAGUACUCAACUAUUACAUGGCAAGGUCCAAGAACAAGUAGUGUCAAUGAUAAUUUAUCAAAUUAUUGGAAUUGGAAUGAUAUCGAGGCAUUGGUUUCAGCUGAUGAUUUCAAUAUUGCAUGGGAUGACACAGAGAUCAAACCAUAA